AUGACUCUGCUCUUGUUUCACUUGGCUAUAGUAGCUCUCUUCAUGAGCGCACUAGCUACGGCCUUGGAUAACACACCCAUCUAUCUCUUCAACGAUACUCUGACUUUGUUGGCGAACUCGAGCGGCCCAGCUGUGAUUAUCCUCGAUUACGAGCAGAGUUUUGAAGGAAUUCCCGAGUUCGAGGUCCUUAGCACUAGAGGUGAUACGUCUGUUUUGGAGAUUACCUACGCUGAGUCAAAAGCCGCUCUGGGCAAUUACAUGAGCGAUGGCCCAGUCCAACACGCCGCUGCUAUGGACUCCUAUCGUGUUAACCGAUACAACAUCUCAGCACCAGGCCAGGUCACCAACCGCUUGAUCCAGGGAGCUUUCCGCUACUGCAAACUGAAUCUGUCCUCUCCAGGAGAAUUGAUCUUACAGAAUGUCGGCGUAACGCCCACCAUCCACACAACGCCGCUGACCGAACUCCCCGGCUCCUUUGAGAGCUCGGAUGAGACUCUCAACCGCAUCUGGCUAGCUGGCGCCAAGACUAUCCAGAUGACCGAGAUUCCCAAGAACUCGAUCCCUGACUUCUGGCAAGUCACUGAAGAGGGUGCGUUGGUCGACAGCUUGAUUCCCCAGGCUCUAGGAAGCGCAGAACUGGCGCAGGCAACCAAGUACAAUGUUUCCUUCCAAGUGAAAGCUGAACUUGGUGGAUUCGCAUUCUCGGUGAUGUCAGAUACACUCAACUCCGGAAUUGUCUUCUCCUGUGAUAUCGACAAUCAGAUCAUUACAGUGCACGAGGGGGCGUCUUCCGAAAACGAAAUGAUUGACCAUUUCACAAUUCCAAGCAACGUUACACUGGACCUCGGCGCUUGGAAUGAAGUGAGAGUUCAAGUUGCCAUCACAGACAUCGAUGUGUUCAUCAACGACUCUCAUGUCAUCCAAAUGACCCAAACCUCAAAAUCUUACGGGGCUUUCGGCCUCGGAGCCUCGUUCGGAUAUCGUGCUGUCUUCAAGGACUUGGAGGCAACGAGCCCAGAAGGCGAGAUGCUGUACUCUCAUCCAUUGACUGACGCCGGCUUCUUACCGGACUUUAUGAUGGGGUCAAAUCCGCUUGACGUGUCUAUCGAUGGUUCGCGGAGGGAUCGUAUCGCCUACUCUGGAGACUUGGAUAUCGCUGUCCGUGCCGCGUUGACGAGCACGUACGGACUGGAAUUUUUGCUUGGGGCUCUCAAAUUACUCGGGAGUUACCAAGCUGAGCCUGGAUUCUUUAUCCCCACCGCCAAGAUUCAACAGGAGCCUUUAACGUAUAUUCUGCCUGUGAACAUCACGGGGCUGAUUGGGUACUCGUUCAAUCUCCUCAACGCCGCUGCGCAAACACAUAUGCACACUGGUGACACAGAGUUUGCACAGGAGUGGGCUACCAAGGCCACCAUGAUGCUCGACUGGGCUCAUUCGCAGACUCUCCAAGAUGGGAUUUUCAACCUCAGCGACAGCAGUUUCGGGGGAGACUGGAACUAUUACGACCCUCCUCAAGUAGGCGUUGUCGCCAAGUUCAACAUGUUGUACGCAUACGCGCUCCAGGAAUGCCAGCCCCUCCUCACAGAUGCUGGCGUAAACGUCAAUGUCUACCAGGAGAGACUCGACAACUUGCGACAGGCUAUCAACCGACGGCUUUGGAACCAAGAUCUGAAUGCCUACCAGUUCUCAGAGGACAUUGGAUCUGGAUACGGACAAGAUUCGAACGCACUUGCAAUCUUGGCAGGAGUCAACACUGCCGCUAACCACUCCUCCGAAUUUAUUCUCUCAGCCAUGUCCAAUGAUCUCGCGGCCCCCGGAGGCUCAUUGGCCUUCUCUCCAGGCGUCAUAGAGGCAGGUUUCGCUCGUCUCAUUAGCCCGUACGCGUCAUCGUACCAUCUCCGUGCCGCAUUCGCUUCCAAUAAUGACGCGUUCGCUUCGGAGCUCCUGAACUCGCUCUGGGCGAGCAUGGCGGACCCGAAGAAUGAGAAUUAUACGGGCACAUUCUGGGAGACGCUUGAUGCGGACGGCAGACCAGGACUGGGCCUGGGUACGAGUCUCUGCCAUGGCUGGAGCGCUGGACCGACUGCUGAGUUGAGUAGGUACGUUCUGGGAGCGAGACCCGAGCAGCCGGGGUGGGUUAGCUGGGUUGUCGAGCCGCGGAUUAUGGAUCUUACCUUUGCAAGAGGGCGACUGCCCACGCCCUUGGGAGACAUGGAAGUUGAGUGGGAGAUCGUCGACGGCUUGUUUUCUUUAAAUAUCACAGCCCCAGGAGGAACUGAUGGGACUGUCAUCGCACCCAAGAGUAACAACAGAGCAAAGAGCAGGUUUAGCGUGGAUGGGAAGGUUGCAGAUGGUCAUGUUUUCAAGGUUUCGGGUGGCUCGACUACGAGGAUACUCCAACUCGACUGA